CUUUGUAAUUCCGGCUGACUUGGUUAGUUAUCGCUCGGCUUUAGCUUGAACUUCAUGUGACAAACUCCCGACCUGCCGCGUCUUAAAAGAUCAUGACAAGCCAGCGGAUAGUAAGAAAGGAAGAAAUGUUCGGCGGCUUGAAAGUUAACCCGAGUUUCAGAGAAACGGUCAUGAAAAGUCGUUGGUUUCUUUCUCAUUGAGGUCGAAAUCUAGCUAGUAGGACCGAACAACUUCUGCCCGAGCGCCAGUCGUUGCUGGGGCGGCGAGAUCAACGCUCAAAGAAGCCUGUUUUAUUUUUAUUUUUUUUACAUUUCACAGACUUGGGAGUAGUUAUUUAAUUCGCCGCAAUGCUGACGUUUUUUGGACAGAGAGCUCUCCGACGGGUUGUACAGAAGUUGCCGUCGGUUCCUGCGAGGCAGGCGGUGGUAGCGCCGAGGCUGCCGGGGAUAGUGCGACCCACACCCAGCCGCUGCCUGGGAACACAUGGGAGAAACGAGCCGAAGGAGCCGCUCAACUCCCCCAAGAGAGCCAAAGAGUUUAUUUACCGCCUCCACCCGAACGAGAGGACGUGUUUACUGAAGGAGCUGCAGAGUUUCGAGUCCAUAGCCAUCGCUCAAGAAACCCUGGAGACCUCGCCGCUGACUACAGCCCAGAUCAGAUAUGUUUUGUUCCACAACGCCCUCCCCUUUGUUGGAUUUGGUUUCCUUGAUAAUGCCAUCAUGAUUGCAGCAGGAACACAGAUUGAGCUCUCUAUCGGAGUCACUCUGGGGAUCUCCACCAUGGCGGCUGCGGCUCUGGGGAACCUGGUUUCAGACUUGGCAGGUCUCGGUCUUGCAGGUUAUGUGGAGGCUCUGGCUUCCAAACUGGGGAUGCAGGUUCCAGAUCUGACGCCCAAACAGGUGGACAUGUGGCAGACCAGGCUCAGCUCUCACAUGGGUAAAGCCAUCGGGGUGUCCAUCGGCUGUAUUUUGGGGAUGUUCCCGCUGUUUUUUCUGGGCGACGACGACGAGAAGGAGAAAGAAGCACAACCCUGCAGUGACAAAGAAUCACCUUCUUCCUAACGAGCCACUACAGCUUCACAACAAUCACACCUACAGACUGGAUACUGCUGAUGUCAACUUGAAAGUAUUUACAGUUGGGUGUUUCUCUCUGUGCUCCUGCUCAGGCAACGUUCCUACUUCUUUUAGUCUCUAAAGCAGUUUGUGUUAACUUUACUGUCUUAUAAUGAUAUUUAGCUCCAUCACAACUUUAGCACUUUUAAGCUUCUUUUGAUGCACCUUCAGGACAUACCGUCUGUUAGUUCCGUAUAUCGGUUUUAAUGGGAGGUCUCACUCUUAAAAUUUUGACGAGGGAUGGGUGCUGUAGGGAUCUUAUCGUCAUCGAUUCUUCAUAUUAAUCUUAACCUCUUUCUGGACUUCAUUAUUGACCUGUUUGAUAGAUUGUUGGUUAUUUAAAGCUGAACAGCAGCUGCUUUGGCAACAACUGACAAGUAAGAUUCUCUGAAGUAAUUUGCUUUCGAGACAUCAUUAUUAGGGGACAUGUUUCCUGAUGAGGGAUGGUGUAAUGAUGACAUUAGGUGGGUGGUGUAACAGUAGCACAAGUAGAGAAAAGUCAUAAAGUGAGCACCGCAAUAUGUGUUUAUUUAUAUGGAUGCACUUUAAAGAGGUGGUAUUAUGCUAAUUUUUAGGUUCAAAAUCGUAUGUAGGGCUUGUACCUGAACAGGUUUACGUGGUUUAAUUUUCAAAAAACACAAUAUUUUUUUUCAUACUGCACAUUGCUGCAGCUCCUCUUUUCACCCUGUGUUGAAGGCUUCGUUUUAGCUAUGGAGUGAUACAUCUUGUCUCUAAAUGAUCUUUGUUAGGAGUUGCACAUGCGCAGCUCCUAGUUGAGGACUACUAGCCAAUCAGAAGCAGAGAAGGGUGUGAGUGAGAAGCCCGUAAACAGCUUAGAUUUAGCUGAAGGCUACAUGUUGCCGACCUGCUUGGCAACAUGGACUGGAGCGAGAGUGUCAGAGCGGUGAGUUAUUAAUCUGUAACAAAAGUAUCUUUCAUCCGUAAAGUUUUAACUGAGCUCUGUCUCUACAUC